AUGAGUCGUAGGACAAAUUCCAAAGACAACGAAUUAGAAUCUCUAAGGAUUGAAAAGGAAAAUCUACUUCGUAAGAACCAAUUCUAUAUAUCCCAAGUCAGCCAAAUGGAAGUAAAGCUCAGUGAAAUGAUGGCUCUUUAUCAAGCCAAAGAUAGCGAGACUGAAUAUUACAAAGAACAGUUCAAGAUCGUGGAAUCUGAGCUCAAAAAAUGUUCUCACCCAAACUUUAAGUCACUAGAAGAGCUUGAAGCUCAAGUUUCAUUCCUUAAAGAAGAAAAUUCAAGGCUUAAACAACAGCCAACAAAUUUUGAAGAUUUCACAGAUCUUAAGAUCCAAUUCGACCAUGCAUUAAGAGGACUCUUUUAAUUUAAAAAAAAAAUUAAAUUAAAUAAAAAAAUAAAUUAUUGGUAAAAAAUGCAUUAAGAAUGAAACAAAUUUUUGAAGAAAAAUACAGAGAAGCCAGAUCUCAGCUUAUAAGAGCUGAAAUGAAAAAAAGUGAAGAAGGCAGCAUCUUUGAUUCUUUUCUUGACGAAAGCUCAGAUAAAACUAAAUUGCAGGAUUUAGAAAAGAAAGAAAAAUUGCAAAAAUUAGAAGCAGAAAAUAAGUUUCUCUAUGAGGAUAAUCAAAAUUUAAGGUGAAAAAUAAAAGAAGGUGAAGAAAAAAUUGGAAAAUUAAAUAAAGAGCUGGAAAAUGCUUUAAAUGAGCUGAGAGAGUUAAAAACUUUGAAAAAUGAGGAUAGUGAUGAAAUUAUUUUUAAAAAAAAACCAAAGUGCAUUGUAGAAAACGGAUAUGAGUCUGAUGAAUUAUGGGCGGGGGCUGAUUUUUCUAACUCUAAAAAUCAAAAAAUUGAAAAAGUCCAUGAAGAAGAAGAUUCUACCACUCCUUAUAGGCCGUUUGCAUCAAUAGCUGACAGAAUUAUGAAAUCAUCUAAAGACUCUGAUUUAAUAGAAGCAGAAAAAAUAAAAGAGAAAACUUAUGGAAAACCGCCAAAAAAGAAUUUAGAGCCUAUCAAAACAGAAACUUAUUAUCAUGAUAUAAAGCCUUUUAUUCCCUCUUCAGAUAGGGUUGCUAAAACUGGCUCAAUAUUGAAAUCAUCAAGUAUGCAAAAUUUUGAUACCGAGAAAUCUUAUAUUCCCUGUAAUUUAAAUCAUAAAAAUUCACACUAAAUAUUAAUAGCCUACAAAAAAAUUUUUAAAUUUCCCCAAAAUUUAUCUUUGCACAGUAUAUAAAAAAUUCAUCCAGACAAAUUGAUUCUGAAAACGUAAGUUUUGAGAAAAAAUCGCCAGAUUUUGUAUUUGGGAAUGAAAAUAUUUCACAAAUUUUGAAAAGCCAAAGUAUAUUAGAUAAUAAAGCAGGAUUUAAUUUAAGCUUUAAUGAAGCCAGUUCAAGAGGAGAAAGCUUUGCUGAUGAGUUUCCAGAUGAAGAUGAGUUAUUGUAA